GCUUCAGUCAUGCACCCACUAUCUUUACUUUUUUUGGACAGCAAAGUCUGGUGGAAUUUGUGGAUGCUUAGCCUGGACAAUAUGAUUCCAUGUGUCAAAUUUCAACCUAUUAUUUAAAAAUGGCCUUGUAGCCAUUUUUAUAAGAGACAAAUCCAUUGUUGCAUUGCUAUUGUUCUAUUUGAUUUUUUAAAAACAUUUCUUUUGUACUUGUUUCAGAUACAUUACGUGAAGACAGUUUUUUGGGAGAAGGCUGUAAUGCUGGGAAAGGUGGAAGGAAAGAGAAGAAGACGACAACCAACAGCAAGGUGGAUGGAGUCAGUUAUGGUGAUGAUGGGUCUCCGGUUGGGAGACCAGGCUAAAGACAUCAUCAUAGAGAAAAUCAUAUCUAUGUAGUCCCUAGGAGUCAACACUGACUUGAUGUCACAUAAUCAAUCAAUUGUACUUGUAUUAUUAUAUUUUGUACAUUAUACCACAAACAAUUGUAUAUUUUGUCUAUUAUUAUGUUAAUUUGCUAUAUCUGUUUUUAAAAUAUCUAUUUCUAGAAGACAUCUUUUGUUUUCUUUGGAGUUAUAAAAACACAAAGUUGCCUGCUUUGGCAUGCAGUGCAUAGCUUGGUUCACCUAACAAUGGCUUUUUAAUUAAGCCUAUUUUCUGCAUUCAUUCCACCUGCUGAAUUACCCUCUAAUAGGUGAAGCUCAAGCAGAUAAAAUUAUGGUUGCAUUUCUCUAGCGGAGAGAGGAUGAUGGAGAGGGAGAGAGAGAAAGAGAGAGGAAUAUUAUAUCUAAGCCUGACGCACACAAGGAAUGAGCAACUUGGGAACCAAGAUGGCAAAUGAUGCUGGCAUAAAGAGUAGCUCCUGCGCAGCAUUUGCGCUGAAACGCGUCAGUCUUUAGGGCCUGGAGGUCUAUCGAACCGGGCUCUGACUGAUGCCCAAACCUGAAAAGAGCAGCAUGGCAGCCGCUGCAGAAGGCGGAGCCCGGCCCUGACCUGCGAGCAUCACAACAACCCUCUCCCUCAUCCGAUUUGAGAAGUGAAGAUUUUCCAACUGCUCUUUACUUUUCCCCCGAUACGCUAACACUCCCGCCCCUGCCCCUCUUCGCCUCUGCCUUCUGGUGCAUGCACGGGUAUUUGAUGGUGCAUCGCUCUCCCUUGGUUGUGUAAGGAUCCCACGCAGCGAGAUCUGGUCGCUAUGGAGUACAUCAGAAUGCCCAAGGUGGAAAAUGUGCGCUUCAUUGAUGGAAUAUCUUCCAAAAGAACUGCAUUAGGGACUCUGUAUCUAACAGCCACUCAUGUCAUCUUUGUAGAAAAUGAGCCAGACAAUCGUAAGGAGACAUGGAUUCUUCACAGCCAGAUCUCUUCAGUUGAGAAACUUGCUACAUCAGCUUCUGGUUGCCCAAUGUUGAUUCGUUGUAAGAACUUCCAGAACAUUCAAUUCAUCAUGUCUCAGGAAAGAGACUGCCACAAUGUUUACAUUUCUCUGAUACGUCUGGCACGCCCAGUGAAAUACGAAGAACUGUACUGUUUUUCUUUCAAUCCAAAAUUAAACAAAGAAGAACGAGAGCAAGGCUGGAAUCUGACAAACUUAAUGGAAGAAUACAAUCGUAUGGGAAUUCCAAAUAAUUACUGGCAGAUUAGUGACGUCAAUAGAGAUUAUCGUGUGUGUGAUUCAUAUCCUACUGACAUCUACGUACCCAAAUCAGCCACUGCUCAUAUUAUUGUGGGAAGCUCUAAAUUUCGUAGUAGGAGGCGUUUUCCAGCACUUUCCUAUUACUACAAGCAGAAUAAUGCUUCCAUAUGUCGCAGUAGCCAACCUCUAGCAGGCUUCAGCGCUCGAUGCCUGGAAGAUGAACAAAUGCUACAGUUGAUCCGAAAGGCAAAUCCUGGAAGUGAUUUUAUCUAUGUUGUUGAUACACGCCCCAAACUCAAUGCAAUGGCAAACCGAGCAGUUGGGAAAGGGUACGAAAAUGAAGACAACUAUUCCAACAUCAAAUUUCAAUUCAUAGGUAUUGAGAAUAUCCAUGUUAUGCGAAGCAGUCUUCAAAAAAUGCUUGAAGUCUGUGAGCUGACAUCUCCUUCAAUGAGUGAUUUCCUGUGGGGGCUAGAGAAUUCAGGCUGGUUGAAGCACAUCAAAGCCAUUAUGGAUGCGGGCAUCUUUAUCACAAAGGCUGUUGCUGAAGAGGGAAUCAGUGUUCUUGUUCACUGUUCAGAUGGAUGGGACCGGACUGCUCAGGUUUGCUCUGUAGCAAGCCUUCUACUAGAUCCAUAUUACAGAACUAUAAAAGGAUUUAUGGUAUUAAUUGAUAAAGAUUGGGUUUCAUUUGGUCAUAAAUUUAAUCACAGAUAUGGCAAUUUAGAUGGAGACCCAAAGGAGAUAUCACCAGUCAUUGAUCAAUUUAUUGAGUGUGUUUGGCAACUUAUGGAACAGUUUCCUUGUGCCUUUGAAUUCAACGAAAGAUUCUUGAUCCACAUACAGCAUCAUAUAUAUUCCUGCCAGUUUGGAAACUUCUUGUGUAACAAUCAGAAGGAAAGACAGGAGCUCAAAAUUCAGGAACGGACUUACUCACUUUGGGCUCACUUAUGGAAGAAUCGUGCUGAUUAUCUGAACCCUCUGUAUCGGGAAGACCACAACAGAACCCUUCAUCCACAAUCAGCACCCUCCCAUUUUAUCUACAAGUUUUGGAGUGGAAUGUAUAACCGUUUUGAAAAGGGAUUCCAUCCAAGGCAAUCUGUUACCGAAUAUCUGAUGGCUGUGAAAGAAGAAACCCAACAGUUGGAGGAGGAGCUGGUGGUAUUAGAAGAGAGACUGGCAAAACUUACUAAUGGGCAAUUAAAUAAUGAGGCAAAGUUAAAAAAGGAAAAUGGAAGCUCCAGUGACUGCAUGGCCAAAUCACUCCAAGAUAACACCUCCAAUCUGAAAUCAUUCCCUUCUCGGAGUCCUUCACAGGGAGAUGAAGAAGAUUCAGCACUCAUCCUCACACAGGACAACCUGAAAAGCUCUGAUCCCGAUCUGUCAGCCAACAGCGAUCAGGAAUCUGGUGUGGAAGAUAUGAGUUGUCGGUCCCCAGGUGGAGGAGGUUUACCCAGUGAAGAUAGCAUUAGAGACCAUGACUCAGAUGAAGCUGUUUUUCUCACUCUCUGAGUGAUAAUUUAGUAGAUUAUGAAAGACUGCCUAUCAAAAGUUCCAAAGGGAUUUAUGCACUUAAAAGAGUCCAUAUGUGACAAAGUAAUAAGCUAGAACGUUUUUGCAUUUAUUAUCUUCGUUAUCCAUUUACAGAGCCAUAUAGAAUGAACGUUUUGUUUUACAUAACUAUUAUCAAUAGGAUAGCUGUACAGUAAAACCACUCCAAAGAAUUGACAAGAAAUGUUUAAGCAAUGCCAAAGUCAAUCCAAUCCAAUUCAGACCAAACCAAUACAUGUUAUCUUACUUUGACACCAAAAAAUACUCAAAUGGAAAAAACAAAUAGAUCUGUUCUGUUUUGUUUGUUUUUGAAAAACAAACAAACAAAUCUUGAAAAAAAUUAUGUUAAAGAUGGCCAUGUAUGGACUUAAAUAUUGUCAGAGAUGUCUGCUUAUUAAAAGGACAUUGCUGAAGAAAUUUGGAAAAUUAAGAUUGAAAUAACCAGAUAAGUUUUCCUAGUUCUAUGAUUUGAUUGGUAGUAAUAACAUUAUUUCUGUUGGUGCCUCUGCAAAUGCUGUUUUUCCCAUUUUUCUCUUCAAGUAAUCUGAUUUCAAUUGAACACAAUUCCUGGUGACUAUAUGGAUACAUUCACGUUUUCCUGAUCAAGUGGUCUACCAGUCUUCUCCCAGGAUUUCCUCCCUCUCAUCCCCAAUCCUGGAUUAUUAUGGGGAUCUCCCCCCUCUCCCGUCCAAUUAUUAAUCAGAUCUGACUCGUCCACAUUUAGCUGUUGAAUUAUAAGACAGAAGGUGGGUCAGCAAGAGAUUAGCUCUACCCACACUUAAAUUAUGUACUUCAUCCCCUUUGUAAAUUCAGGUUAAUGUAGUGGGGACUGUAUACUUUUCAUCUUCUGAAUUGUGGAAUAGGAUAGGGAUCAUGACAAAGAGGGUGGACAUGGGCACUUAUUCCCAUGUACAUUUUUUGGAUUGGAAAACGUGACUAGGGCAUUUAGCAGCUUAAAAUACUUUAAUCUAUAUGCCACUCAAGGAAAGCUAGGAAAUUCUAAAGAAAAAAAAUAUCUUUCCAAAUUAUCUUUUAUAUUCAUCCUCAUUAGCUUGCAAUAAAUCACUGGUCCUUUCACAAAUAUAGGCAGCCCUUGUUUAUUGAGCAGUUGGGAUGGGCAACCUGGUGGCUAAGUGAAACACUGAUUAAAUGAAAAUCACACAACCACAAUAAAGCUUACAAUUGUACUUCAGCUUUGCUUCGGCUAUGUUUUUUUCCCCUUUUUCUUUGAGGUUAUCUUGUUAUGAAGUAAAUAAGCAAGUGAGAAUAAGAGCAGAGAGGAUGUCAAGGUCAUAAAUAUGGGUACUGAUCACAGCUGGGGUUUUUAGCACUUUUGUGACUUAUACCACAUGUAGGGUUUUUAAAACAUUGAACAGCUUUCUCCAACCAAAAUUAAAUGUAAUUGAUUUAUUCGCCAGCUACAUAUUUAAUGUCCUUCCUCUUCCCUCCUUGCCCCCCGCUAAAAGUUCUUAUUUGUUACUUAUUUUUUGAGGUAUCCUCAAGCAGGAGAGUAGAUGUAAGAGUUUCAGGGGUCGCAUUAAAGCUAAAAGAAGAACUUGGGGCCAAGCUGGUCAGUAAAAGGAAGUGUUCUUUGUAAAAGACAUACUGGAAACUAUGAGAUUUGUAUUAUUAGACAUAGUAAUGGACAUUAAUGGUUUUAAAAGGAAACUAGAUAUAUCUAGGAAAGAUAAAGCUAUCAUGUCUACCUGAUUUAAUGACUUAUCUCACCCCUCCAAAAUUUGAUAAACAGAGCAGACGCAAUUCAAUUGCACCUCACCAGACCAUCUAAAUCAGGCAAAUGUAAGAACAAUGGUUUGCUCUUUUGGUGAAAUAAAGUGGGAUCCUUUGGAGGCAGAACAUUACUCCAGUGGCCCAAAUUCUACCAAUUGCAAACAAGGUGCAAUUCAGCCCCAUCAUGAGAUAGCUCUUUUGCAUGUACCGUAAUAAUGUGGUCAAUUUCUUUUAGAUAUUACAAGUUUAUACAUUCAUAACCAGAUUAUAGUAUAUAUUUUACUUUGAACACAAGCUGCGAUGUACUCAACAGGUAGUGCUGAACUUGAAUACAGAAGUACUCUACUGUAAAAUGGUUACUCUAUAAAGUAUGAACUGAUGAGGGUCAAAUCUGCCAUAAAAAUCUACAUUAUGGAAAUAUUGUAGAAUAUACCAUAUUGUGUCUUCUAGAAAUUUUGUGCAGUGUAUUUUACACCUGCAGCUAUUCCUACUCUGCGCCUGGUUUUACUUGGAGCCCAGAGAUCUUGCAUUUAAUAGAUUGUCUUGUAUGGUUCCAAUUCUGAAUUACUAAAAUUGCAAAAUUAAAGAUAUAGUACUCGCUGUAUACUUUUGGCAUUAUGAAUAUAAUUUAAAACCUUAUAAACAAUAAUGUUUGGUUAUCUAAUUGCUUUUUUUUAUUGUUACACUCUAUAAUCUUAAUUCAAAGUGGUAUUUACAAUAUUGCAAAAACAUCCAUAGUGAGCUCUUGAAAACUAUUGUAAAAGUUUAUAUUCUCAAUUGAAAACAAAAUGAAUUUUAUAAUUAUCUGUUUGUGGCUGAAGUGGCAUAUCACAUUAAGCUUUAGAUGAUUAAACGGGAGUACUGUAAUAAAUACUAUUUGUAGUCUCAUAGUCAACCUAAGCUUGAUGUGAAAAUCCAAUGUGUAUAUUGCAAAAAGGGAGUGGCAACAAAAUGUUCAGGAGAUUUUUAUCCUUAGAAUGAAAGCUUUUGGUCAUUGGUUUCAGCCAGCUACUUUAGGUUUCUAGUUUAUUUUUCAAAUCAAAGUCAUGUCCACUUCUACUAAUGGUUAGAAAAUAAAUCCACAUUGAGCUACAUUUUUGUUUUCAGGAAGAAAGGUGACUUGCAGUCCUUACCUUUUAAAAAACAUAACCCCACAGUUCGUUCAUGCAUGUUGAUAACUUCCUAACUUCCCACUGGCUUUUAGUGCCAUUUGUCUUGGUAUUCAUCAUCUAAAUACACUGUUACAGGGAAUGGAAUGAUUUCUCAGGACUGAGCAUCCACUGUUUUCACAUCAUAAUGAAUCAUCUUCCUUUCCUCUUUGGGAUUUCCAUUGUACAGAGGCCUCCAAAGAAUAGGUUAGCAAAAGUCGCCCUUUGAUUAUAUUUUUGUUACCAUUGAUAAACAAAAUCGAAUGAACCUGAAGACCUAUUCAAAUUGGGGUUUGUGCUUGCUUCCCUGAUUUUCUCUUCAUUGAUUCCAUCAUUACCUGUGUUGGAGUAUUGUUAUCAAUACUGCGAUACGAUGCAGAAUUUUUAUAACUAUAUAAUCAGCAAUUAAUAUAAAAGAAAGAAUUUCUAAUUCCUCAGUUACCCCAAUCCAUGCAAAGCAUUUCAGGAUAAAGAGUCAAUACAAGUGCACACAGCAAGGCACUAUUCCUGUAUGGAAAGCAGGGAACGGGCUUGAAAUGUAGGAAGCGCUACAGACAACACAGCCUUUUUUCACUAUUCAUGUAAACCCAUCCUGAUUCAAGAAGAUUCAAGACAGCAACAAAGCAAGAGUGUACAAUUCACAACCCAAUGAUGAGCACACUUCACUUGGAAGAAGGCUUGAUGCAUUUUGAAACUCUACUUUUUGGUUGAUUUCAAGUACCAGAUUAAGAACAGUGUCUUUAUAAAUAGUAUUUGGUUGGAUUCAUGUAUUGUGGCUAUCAUAAACUCUGAUUCAUUAGCCACAAUAGCUGAAUUCACAUUGAAUAUUAACAAAACACGUUGUGGCUUAACUUGAAUUACAUUUUAAAUUAAAUUUCUAACUAGUAAUUUUCCUCAACAUUUCUAAGCGAAGGAGAAAUGGUUCGAGCUUGACAUCUACAACAGCAAAGAAGUAUGACCGUAAAGUCAUAACUAGACUGUUUCCAUUUACAUAAAAAGACUAGGCAGCAACAGUAAGAGAUAU